AUGAAAGACCAAGUGGAUGGAUUGGUUCAAAGAGGAGUACCAGCGGCUUCUUUGGAUUCAAUGCAAGAUAUGCAGCAAGCUGCUUGCGUGAAAGCAGAAGUUAGAAGUGGAAAGAUCAAAUUACUAUACGUGGCUCCCGAAAGACUGAAUAAUGAACUCUUCUUGGACAUGAUGAACGGUUUGGAAUGCAUCAGUAUGGUAGCAGUGGAUGAGGCACAUUGUAUUUCUGAAUGGGGUCCAUCGUUUCGACCAGAUUAUCUCAAGGUCGCGCGGUUUGCACAAGAAGUCUCUGCACAACGUGUCUUGGCGUUAACUGCGACUGCGACACCCCAAGUAGCAAAAGAAAUCUGUGCUGGAUUCUCAAUAGAUUACGACACUGGUUUAUUCAAGACAUCAACUUAUCGAAAGAAUCUUACCUUAAAAGUCGAGGUUGCCACAACUCCAGAAGAAAAACUUUCAGUCUUGAUACCCAUGCUGCAACGGCGUACAGGUGCAGCAAUCGUUUAUGUGACUACCCAAGGUGAUGCAGAGGAUUUGGUACAACUUUUGCGUAGGAGAGGAUUAGACGAAGCUGGAGUUUAUCAUGCUGGUAUGAGCUCAGAAGAUAGGUUGAGAACUCAAGAAAAAUUCAUUCAAAGUGAACGAGGAAUCGUUUGUUCUACUAUAGCUUUCGGGAUGGGUAUUGACAAAGCUACAAUCAGACAAGUCAUUCAUUACAAGUUACCUAAAACCCUUGAGAACUAUUCUCAAGAGAUUGGUAGAGCUGGUAGAGAUGGAUUACCAUCUGAAUGUUGUGUUUUUUUAUCGAAAUAUGAUAUACCUCCUUUAGAAGCUUUCGCACGUGGUAAUACUCCAAGUCUUAGGUCCAUGAAAAGCUGGGUGGCGGACGUGUUUACUACCGACUUAGAUGAGGACGAGUGCCUGGUGUUUAAUCACUACGCACAAGCUAAGGCGCAUGAUAUUAAGAUCAAUACUCUCGGUCUACUGUUUGCUCAACUUGAGCUUAAUUUUAACCUCAUGAGGGCUACUACACCAUUCUAUAGUGUCUUCACUUGGCCUAGAGAUGAUAGAAUUAUAGCUAAGAUGAAAGCUGAAAAAGGAGAUCUUGCUCGAACGCUUUGUAAUCAUAUGUCAAACGGACCGUCUAAUUCUUCGAUUGAUAUUGCUGAGACUGCGAGUCUUACCGGUAUAAGACGUGCAGAUCUGACAGCGCAGUUGAAUCGUUGGCAGGCGAUGUUUGAUUUCCAAACAAAAGGUUCACAAGUUCGGCACAGGUAUCGGCUUUUGACAGAGGACGGAAAUAUGCCAGGGAUCGAAAUGGUUGACAUCAUAGCUACUCAACUAUAUGACGAGAUGUUCAAGCGUGAAGAAGCUGAUGUCGGUCGCUUGUACGAAGUCGUGGAUUUGUUAACUAAAGACGAUUGUAUGUCCGAGUCCAAUUAUCCGAUGCCAAAGAUUAUUCUAUCAUUGGGCAUACGCUUGGCUGCAUACUUUGGAGACCAUGAGUCUAUUCCUCUCAGCUCAUGCGGGGCAUGCAUUUAUUGCGCGACCUUGGAACCGAUCAAAUUUGAUUGUAAAGUCGAAACCAAAGUUGAUGCCGUGAAAGCGAAGCUCAUUUUAGAUGCAUGCCCAUAUCGAGAUGAUGCACGUUUAUUAGCACGUAUCGCUCUUGGCAUCGCAUCACCACGUACAACGGAACUCAAACUGACUAAGGCGAGCGAAGGGGGACCUUUUGGAUGUAUGGAAGAUACCCAAUUCGAUCAAUUGAUAACCUAUUUCGAAAAAGAAUGUAAGAAGGCCAAGUAUAUCAACAAGCCUGUGAUCAAACCUGUCGCCAAACCUUGGGGCAAGUCUGCCAGUAGUGCUAAACCUAGUGCUAGACCUAGUCCCAAGGCUAGCGGAAGUAAAUCUCCUGGCAAGUACAGCGGAAGUAGUGUUGCAGCCAAACGUAUGCGAAAGGGAUGA